AUGUCAUCGCGAGGCAUAACCCCGGAGAGUCCGUGUCCACGACUGUGUCAUCUGGUCAAGUGGCCCGACUUCGACGGCUAUGGAUUCAAUUUGCACGCCGAGAAGGCCAAGAGCGGGCAGUACAUCGGCAAAGUGGACGACGACUCGCCCGCACAGUUGGCCGGACUCCGUGAGGGCGACCGCAUAAUUGAGGUGAACCUGGUCAAUAUUGCCAAUGAGAACCACCGACAGGUCGUCGAGCGCAUCAAAUCCAUCCCCAAUGAGACCAAACUG